AUGAUCAUCAAGGUCAAGACGCUGACUGGUAAAGAGAUUGCAGUGGAACUGAAGAGUGAUGCUCCGAUAUAUCGUAUCAAACAGCUGUUAGAAGAGAAAGAGGGUAUCCCCCCAUCUCAACAACGGCUUAUAUUUCAAGGUAAACAGAUUGACGACCGACAGACCCUGGAGGCCGCCAAGCUCGUCGAUGGUAUGGUUCUGCAUCUCGUGCUGACGUUGAGAGGAGGAUGUUGA